AGCGAGCUGUCACUAAACGCUCCCGCCACCAAAAGCUCUCGACUCAUCUUUCAUCGACGGUGACCUUCAUAAUGUUCGACGGGGUCGGAGCCACCUAGUUGUUUCCUUUCCUCUCGCCGUCAACUCUCUCAAGGUACUUUUCAAGCAGCUCUUCGUUCUCAGUUUUCAAUUUCAAAUUCUCAGUUUCAAAUUCUCUCAAGGUAUCAACUCACUCACUCACUUGCAGCGUCUCUCAGAUCUACUCACUUCUCUCUCUUUGAUUCCCAAGAAGAUCAACUCGCUUUUCUCUGCACAUUACUCCCUUUGAUUCCUGCAAUGCUUCUCCAAUUCUGAUUACAGGUAAUUGCUUUUGAAUUAGACGAGGAUUGCUUUUUGAGAAGGUCAUCACUUGGUUGUUGCACUGAAACUUAUUGUACAUAGUAUUUCAAUAGCAAUUGAGUGGCACUGUGGUAGUGGUUUUUGUUAAGAUGGAGAAAGAAUGGCUGCAAUUUGAUAGAUUUAAGGAUGAAUACAGAGUGGGAGCUCGUAUGUUUGUGGAUAAAGCAAGGGCAGAUUAUGGGAAUUCUGAAGAUGAGAUUAUAUGCCCAUGUAUCAAAUGUAGAAACUCUGAACACCACCACUUUGAGAUAGUCUAUGAGCACUUGGUAACAAGAGGAAUGGAUCCUACUUACAAAAUUUGGAUUUGUCAUGGUGAAACAGGAAGUGAAUCCAAUCAUGAAGAUCUUGAGAUUCCUGAGACAUAUAAGUUGUUUAAGGAUUUAUGUUUUCAACAUGAUGAAAAUGAUGAAGAUGUAGAUGACACUAUUGAGACUAGAGAGGCAGAAAUUUUAAAUUUAGUAAGAGAAGCUGAAACUCCCUUGUUCUUUGGCUGUACAAACUAUACGAAGAUGUUAGCAUCAGUUGCUUUAUUGAAGAUGAAAGCAAGACAUUGUUUGACUGAUAUUGCUUUCGAUGACAUUCUUCGCACUAGCCGUAGUUUCUUACCGGAAGAUAACACACUUCCAGAGUCCUUAUAUUCAAUGAAGAAGCUAGUGAAGGCAUUUGAUCUUGGAUAUGAGAAGAUACACGCAUGUGUCAAUGAUUGCUGUUUAUUUAGAAAAGAUUUGCAGCAUCUGGAAAAUUGUCCAAAGUGUGGUGCUUCAAGAUGGAAACUUAAUGAAAAGCAGUUCUAAAAUUCAAAAAGGCAUCCCUGCAAAAGUUUUGCGUUACUUUCCAAUAAUACCAAGGCUUAGGAGAAUGUUUGCUAUUACUGAAACAGCAGAACAAUUAAGUU